AGACUGAGCCAGCCGGUCCUGGGGACACGCGACGGGGGCGCGGCGCCAGGAGGAGCCCGAGCGACAGCCCCCGGCGGGGACCGACUCCCCCCUCCAGCCCCAAGACUCUCCCGGUGCCCCGGUCCCCGCCGCCUCUGAGCGGAGGAAGGGUCGCCAGGAUGCGGGUGGCCCAAGCGCCCUUUCCAGGCAGAGGCUGCUGCUCUGCAUGCCCUGGCUGGGGUCCAGCCCGGGCCACCCCUGAAGCCUGAGCCAGAGCCUGUUCUCUGGAGAUGGACAUGCCCAGGGCGCCCUCUGGUGGGAUCCGGAGCUGAGCCUCUGCGCACCCGAGCCAUGGCCACGGUCCUGAUGCCGCACCCCAAGCCCGGGAACCAGACCCUGUACGAGCACUACAGUUACGUGGGCAAGCUGGAGGGCAGGCUGAAGGAGGCCCCCGAGGGCAGCAUGCUCACCACCGUGCUGUUCCUGAUCAUCUGCAGCCUCAUCGUGCUGGAGAACCUCAUGGUUCUCAUUGCCAUCUGGAAGAAUAAUAAAUUCCACAAUCGCAUGUACUUCUUCAUCGGCAACCUGGCUCUCUGUGACCUGCUGGCCGGCAUUGCCUACAAGGUCAACAUUCUGAUGUCAGGCAAGAGGACGCUGAGCCUGUCUCCAACGGUCUGGUUCCUGCGGGAAGGCAGCAUGUUCGUGGCCCUCGGGGCGUCCACCUGCAGCUUGCUGGCCAUCGCGAUCGAGCGGCACUUGACUAUGAUCAAAAUGAGGCCGUACGACGCCAACAAGAAGCACCGCGUCUUCCUUCUGAUUGGGAUGUGCUGGCUCAUCGCCUUCUCGCUGGGCGCCUUGCCCAUCCUGGGCUGGAACUGCCUGCACGACCUUCCCGACUGCUCCACCAUCCUGCCCCUCUACUCCAAGAAGUACAUCGCCUUCUGCAUCAGCAUCUUCACAGCCAUCCUGGCCACCAUCGUGGUCCUGUACGCACGUAUCUACUUCCUGGUGAAGUCCAGCAGCCGCAGGGUGGCCAGCCCCCACAACUCGGAGCGCUCCAUGGCCCUGCUGCGGACUGUGGUCAUCGUGGUGAGCGUGUUCAUCGCCUGCUGGUCCCCGCUCUUCAUUCUCUUCCUCGUCGACGUGGCCUGCAGGGUGAAGGAGUGUGCCGUCCUGUUCAAGGCCCAGUGGUUCAUUGUGCUGGCCGUGCUGAACUCGGCCAUGAACCCCGUCAUCUACACACUGGCCAGCAAGGAGAUGCGGCGGGCCUUCUUCCGGCUGGUCUGCACCUGCCUGGUCCGGGGCUGGGGCGCCCGCUCCUCGCCUGCCCAGCCCACUCUCGAUCCCAGCAGAAGCAAGUCCAGCGGCAGCAACAACAGUAGCCCCUCGCCAAAGAGCAAGGAGGACCCUCCGCAGAGAGUCACCUCGCCCUGCAUAGCUGACAGGAACAAAACGGUGCAGAAUGGGACCCUCUGUAAAUGAGAGCAGCGGCCUCCAGGAACGGGGAUCCUUACACAUCCACGGGACAAGGGGCACUCUGCUCACAGCCACGGUCUUAUUUAUUGCAUGCCUCAACCCUGGGAGUUCCAGAGCUGGGGCUCGGGAAACCUAUUUGCCAAUAGCCUGAGUAGCGUGGACAUCACUAAGAGGGGACCCGAGGACUUGCCAGCUUAUUCCACGGUAGACAACGUGCUUUGUCCGCUUCGGCUCCUGAGUCUUCCGAAUGUCCCCGGCUGCUGACGUGGUCUGCUGCCUUCCCCCGAGUCCCAGCGGCCACUCUCCAUGGUGCCUGCCGAGGGAAGGUGGUGGUGGGCCACGCAACGUACGGCGUGCUUCCCCAGACGCCACAGUGAGGUUUGGGAACUUCACACUGCAUUGACUGUGCACAGCGUGGAUGCUGGUGCAUUCGUCACGUCUGGGCUAUGGAGCCCUUGUGUUUCCGAUGUCGGCCAUCGGUACGUGGUACCAGUGGGGGCACGUGGUGCAGCGUCCUGCUUGAACCACCAGGUGUAAGGAUGUGGCUAGAAACUAGGUACACACACCGGUCCCAGUCUCCUCAACUGACAUGAAGUCUUGUGUUCAGCAGGCUUUGCCUGAAUUCUCAGAAAGGGCUGCUCCCAAGUGGGGCUCGGGUGUAUAGGGCUGACCCAGAGGGAACGGAGAACCAGAGAGCUUUGGGAGCGGCAUCCUUGUUUCUCCUCUGUCCUGUGUCCCUGUGGAGUCUUACACACAGCCAAAGCCCCGUUCCUAAAGAUCCCAGAAAAGCCAGCCAGGGUCCUUCAGGAGGCUGUCCCUAGGCCAACCAGGAAAAGAACCCACAUGAGCAGAGGACAGACACCCUAGCCAGAAGCCGGAGGCUGCGGUCUCUUUAACGUGAUGGAACGUUUGUCCUGAAUUAGGAGAGGUUUACUUGAUCCUGUGUGGAGUCUGACUCACUUUGAUCAGAGAAGCACUGAGUCAGUGACCCCAUGCUGUCCCCGUGGAGAAGCUGGGGCGGUUGGCAGCCCCUGCCCCCCCCCCAAAGCUGACCCUGACCGUGCCGUGUCAGGAGCACAUCUGGGAUCCGGCGGUGUGCACAUUCUUCAAGGAAAUGUAAUGAUGCUGUACUUCCCCUCUUCAGUAUAGGUUGGCCGUGCGUCCCCGUUGGUAGGGAGUUACUUAGAAGGCGUUUCUGUGCAUGCCUCCCCCAAGGAUUCCACCUGCAGGACAGACAGACGAGGAGAACGUGCACACGUCUGUAGAGAUCUCAUAACCACAGAGUUGACAUGCUCGGUUUCUGGUAGAAGCAAAACAGAGCAACCUUCAGAAGGACUCCUACUUGGGCAAGCCCACAUCAGAGCCCCUGAGGUUUUCUGGUUUGCUGGAUGUUUCGGCUGAGUCAAGACUCAAGAGACGGCUCAAUACGUUAGCUCUCUCGAGGAGAGGUUGACUCCUGCAUGCUGUCCGAUGCACAUUCCCCUGACGGAGGAACAUUCCUGUGGGUCCUGGGGGGUCUCCACGUACCCACCAAAGACUUCCCUCACUUUUGUUAUUGAUGAGAGAAGUCCUGUUUGUCAGGAGACACUUGGCAUGCUUCCUCACAUCACUGAAAAGAGCUUAUUCUCUACUCCGAUAGCGUGUCUGGAAACUAAAGCGUGGAGAAAGCGAGGCAGUGUUUCGGAGCCACAACCUUGGGCAGUGCGUGUUCAUGUAGUGAACAAAGUGGCCGCAGGACCCCUCCGCACUGGCCCUGAGGGGCCCGGGGACCCUGGGUCUCUGGAGUUAGUAUUAGUGACACUUGCACCAUAACCCAGCUUCCUGUUGUGAGAACGCAGAACUUUCAGGCAGUCUGAGUGAAAAAUAUGCCAAAAGAGUAAUUGUGUUCGUUUGAGAGAUACAGAAAACGAUCAACCUUAAUACCGCUGUGUACGGUAUCCUCAGCAGGUGGCUGGGGGCGUGUGGGAGUUUCCAAGCCACAGAGAACUCGUGCAUUAGAUACCACUCGGUCAGUAACCUUUCCCUGUCCCGUGUGUGUUUGUUAACAAAAUAAAACCAAAAG